AUGGCGUCGUCAACAAAGAGCAUCUUCACUUUCAAAUAUGUCGACGCAGCAGAGACAAUUGCAAUGGGCGUCACGCUGCCGCUCGUCUGCAUGGGCAUCGUUGCUUCACGCUUCUAUACGCGGACACGACAGUCAGUACAGCCAGGCAUUGACGACUGGCUUAUACUGGGUGGUGUAAUCUGUCUGAUCGGUAUGGGUGCAUGUAUAAUAGAUGGCGCUGCGAGACACGCUAUGGGAUAUCCUACCCCCAUGCCUCCCAAAACAGCUACGAAAGCAGAGCUGCUCGAAUAUAAUCCACCGUCUACAGAAUUAAUUGGAAAGGCGAUAGGCCACACCAGUGAAGAGGGAUUGACGGCCUCUGACUUGAUCCUCGACGUGUUUCUUCUCGUUCUUCCACUCCCAAGCAUAUGGACACUGCGAAUGACGGUGACGAGAAAGCUACAAGUGUCUUUCAUCAUGAUACUCGGCCUGUCGGCUAUCGCCGCCUCCAUUGCUAGGCUCGUUCUCUAUGUUCAACUAGAGAAAGCCGCACUUGCUCAAGAGGAAGUUGAUCAGAAUCCACAGAAACCGGGCUUAUCCUUCCCAACAGAAGUCCUCACACUUUCCAUGUACUGGUCGACCCUGGAGAGCGGUCUUGCCAUCAUAGCAGCCUGCCUCCCAUCCCUCAGCUCCCUCUUCACAGCCAAAUCUCUUCAAUCAGCCGUGCACAGCGUUCGCAGCGUCCUUUCCCUCCGUUCCUCUCAAGGUUCUUCGAAGGGCAGCAGCCGACGCGAUGGGACCGCAAACGCUUAUGCGGAUUUAGAGCGCAGCUCGUCUUCGUCAUCCAGUGCAGGUUUCACAAAGCCAGGCUUGCAUGGGGAUCUAUCGGCAAAGUACGAUUUGCAGACUUUUGAGCUCGCGAAAGGCGAGAGGAAGCAAGGAGAUAGCUUGAGCACGCAAUCGUGA